AUGUCAGACACUGAAGAAGAUUCCACCUGCUCGGAUAGUUGGCCCAUCAAUGAGGACUGGUUGAUGGAGGUGCUCAAGAAGCAUCACGAGGUACGGACCGGAAUUAAAAUCACGGAUUUUAAAGUGAAACAAGGCUGCCAGGAUGGAGUAAACAAUCUAAGCGAUAUCCUUUCCGUCUCCGUGGUGUAUGAGUUCGAGCGAAAUGCUGGGCAGAGCAUCAACCAGAGCUUGGACAUUGUGAUAAAAUUGCUGCCGCAGGAUCCCUUUAGCCGAUACUUCGUGACCGAGGCAAAGUUCGAUCUAAGAGAAAUUAAAUUUUACACUAGCAUACUUCCGGAUCUGAUGUCAUUUCAAGAGCAGUAUAUUCCCAAGGAGCUCGGUAGCAUGGUGAUAGCGGUUCCAACCUGUUUCUACACACAAUACGCACCAAUAGGAAGCAACGCUCAAAUGUCGCUUGGUAGUCCAGACUCUACGGAAAGUAUACUAGUGCUAGAGGAUAUGCGAUCUCUAGGCUACAAAAGUGCCAACUUUACGACGGGCCUCACACUCGGUCAAACAGAAGCAGCCAUUCGUGCUAUUGCCACGAUUCACGCGCUAUCACUCGGACUCAAAAUUAAAAAGAAGGCUGAUCUGAACGAAAAGUAUCCGUUUCUUUUCCAAACUAAACGUGCUACCGAGAGCUACCAGCAACUCGUCGAGCAGGGUAUGCCGCAAUUGACAAAAUUUCUCGAACAGAAGCCAGGCUACGAGAACGAACUAAAAGCGCUUAGCAAAAUUCGUCCAAGAACAAAGAUCCUGAUAGAAACCCUACUCCAGCCAAUUGAACCGAUGGGACUGAUCACACAUACGGACUUCUGGUGCAACAAUUUGCUGUUCCGCAGCGAAUCGGAUGAUGAACGAACCGACAGUUGUACUAUUCUCGACUGGCAAAUGGUAACAUACAGCCGACCAACGAAUGAUCUUGCUUUGCUGCUGAUUUCGUCCAUUCCGUCCAGUACCCGGCGCCAGCAUACGUCCCGACUUCUGGACCUCUACUAUGAGGCUCUCAAAUCCUGCUGCCUUAAAAUGGACGUCGACAUAGAGGCGGCCCUCGGGUAUAGUCGCAACAAAAUGGAUUGCGAAUACAAACAGUCACUACUAUUGGCAUUACUACUAUGCAUAGGUUCGGUUGAUAUUGCGAUUGGCAAUCCAGCGGCAGAGCAGCGUCUGCUGGAUGUUUUGAGGGACCUAUAUGACGAAGGCAUUUUAGGCAUGGAAAACUGUUUUUAUGGCGAAUACCAUGACACUACACUAUGAACUCGCUGUUCAGUGUUCUAACAUCCAUCCAAAGUAAAUUUUCGAAUGCGACAUAACAUUACUAUUUUAAGCAAAUGGCACACACACACAUCUAACAAAGAAAUAAGACAUAGGUAUAAUUUGAUCGAAACGUUCCGAUCGUUGCAGCAUCGUAAAAUUAUUCGUGUUACUGUACUGCGGCAUGAACAGUUGCCUUCCUUCAUAUGAACAAAAACAAUUUUAACAUUCAUGCCUCACACAUAGAAAUAAUUUGAAGAGUGCUAACGUACUAAAAAGUAACUACUUUAAGAUCAGAACUCACAAAAGCAUAAGCUCAAUUUCAAUUGUACUGCAGGUUGGUGAACCAUAACAGCUUUCAAAGUGAAAUAUUUUCGGCUAAAGC